CGUUAAAAAAAAAUUAGAUUUAAGACCUCUCUCAGGAAAAGAUUGAAUCUUCCGAUAGCGGAGAUGAUGAUGAUAAGUCUUCACCUCCCGUCUCCUCCGCUGUCUCCGCAAAUCUUUGAUUCCAGCUCAAAAUUUUUCAAAAACCCUAAACCCAUUAUCGUCCAUCUUCUCCCGAAUUCGAAAGCCCUGAAAUUUCCCCGCAGCAAUCCCAUUUUCAACAACCCGGGAAGAAUCCUUAACCGUGAAACCGAGUCACGGAGGCUGCGUUGUAACGGGGUCAAAGAUUCCGGCGAGAUUACGAAGUCGGCUCCGCCGGUGGACUCUGGUGGGGGUAGCGGUGGUGGAGGUGGAGACGGCGGAGGCGGAAAUGGGGACGACGGCGAGGUGGAGGGGAGAAAUGGGUUUUUGCCGGAGUGGCUGAAUUUCUCGACGGAUGAUGCCAAAACCGUGAUCGCGGCGGUGGCAAUAUCGCUGGCUUUUCGGUCUUUUAUUGCAGAACCAAGAUACAUUCCUUCCUUGUCCAUGUAUCCUACGUUUGAUGUCGGAGACAGAAUUGUUGCAGAAAAGAUCACUUAUCGUUUCAGGAAGCCAUGUGCGAAUGAUAUCGUAAUCUUCAAAAGUCCGCCGGUUCUUCAGGAAGUAGGGUAUACCGAUGAGGACGUGUUCAUUAAACGGAUUAUUGCGAAAGAAGGCGAUAUUGUUGAGGUGCAUGAUGGGAAACUUAUGGUCAAUGGCGUUGUUCGGAGUGAAAACUUUGUCUUAGAGCCUCCUGGUUAUGAAAUGACAUCCAUUCGUGUGCCGGAAAAUUCGGUCUUUGUGAUGGGUGACAACCGGAAUAACAGCUAUGAUUCACACGUGUGGGGUCCUCUCCCGGCGAAGAAUAUCAUUGGACGUUCAGUUUUCCGGUACUGGCCCCCGAAUAGAAUAGGUGGGACCGUGCUUGAAACCGGCUGUGCUGUCGAUGAAAAGCAGGAGAGCGUUGCAACAUCUUGAAAUGGACGGAGAGAUUUUAGGAUCUAGAGGUCUUAUUGUGCAUAAAGCAAAGAAAAAACGAUGGGAAAAAACCGAUUUUUUUUUUCCUCAAAUGAAAAGCAUUAGAAUUGAAUUGAAAUGGAAUGGAGAAAAAGAGAGAGAGACAGAUCAA